UCUUCUUCUUCUUCUUUCGAGAGUCCGCGGCCGCGAUCUUCACUAGGUUUUGUGUAGCCGUUGUUCUGAUCGAUCGGGGGAGCUGGAGUGUGAGUGAGGAUCGUCGAGAUUUCGGGCUCGAUGGCGAGCGAGGAGUUUGUUCUUGAUCCGAAAUACGAGUUCUCUGCGCCUAGGUACCAUGAUUUCGUCGCCGGCGAGUCGAAGAUGGACAUUGACGAGGCGGAGCACUGGUUUGAGAGCGCCAGGGGCUACGAGGAUUCGCCUCACGCGGACAAGGCGAAUGGCAGUGAGGCUGUCCCUAGCAGCGCCAUGGACGACAUUGAAAACAUGGCUCCAGCGCCAGUCAAAGUGAUGCCAGCAACCGUGAUAGAAGUUCCAAAGCCAAGCCCGCUCAAGGAAAUCUCUGUGAAUGUUGUGGAUUGCCCCUCUACAACCACGCCGUUUAAGCGGCCGCUUUGUUCCAACGCUAGCAAGCAUGGCCAGGCUCUCACGGCGCCUAAGAAUUCAAUGCGAAGCUUGACAAGAUAUGCUCGAGAUACUGUAGUGAAGAAGAUGAAAAAGAGUAUCGAGAUGGUGAUGGGCACGGAUGAAAACGCAAACAAGAAACAAAAGGUGGAAACCGGAUGUGUAAAGCAGGGAGGAAAACCGGGUUCGCCUUUCAUGUCGCUGGCCGAGAAAGUUCUAAAGUUCCAGAUUAAAACCCCUGAGAGAUUUCGUAAUCACUCUCAACAGGAGUUGUCCACUUCUUUAUUGCAACAUCAAAAGUCGGCACUGAAGCUAACAGUACCAAAAGAACCGGAACUCGAAACUUCUCAUAGAGCUCGGCCCCCAAGAGUUAAAAGCACCGCUGAACUUGAAGAGGAAAUGUUGGCAAAAAUUCCGAAGUUCAAAGCCCGACCGAUGAAUAAGAAGAUUUUUGAAGCUCCUCAUGUUCCUGCUAUCUCAAAACGUAAUGCACAACAACCAGAGUUCCAGGAGUUCCAUUUGAGAACUACGGAACGUGCCUUGCAACACAUAUGUUCUGCAUCGGAGGCUUCGGUGUCAGAUGUAAAUGAGAGACGGAAGUCUGCUCCCGGCGACCUCAGAGAACCUCGUGAGCCGCAACUUCAUACAGCUGCCAGAGCACGUCCAACAAAGGUGAAAAGCAGAGAGGAAAUGGAAAUAGAGGAACUACAAAAGGUGCCAAAAUUCAAAGCACGUCCUCUGAACAAGAAGAUCUUUGAAAGCCGAGGCGAUCUGGGCAUUUUCAGAAGUCAAAAGCGCCAACUUACAGUCCCGGUGGAAUUUCAUUUUGCUACUGAUGAGCGAUGUCAACAUCCAUCUAAUGAUCAUGAUACUACUAUAACUGAAAAGCUCGAAAAGGAGGCACAUUGUCCAGCGGGUCCAACUGUACCUCGUCCGUUCCACCUUGUGACAGAGCAUCGUGGAGAAGCAAACAAAACGAGGUUCAUGCAAGAGCUGUUUGAGCGAGAACUAGAGGAGCGUAACUUAAGAGUCCCUAAAGCAAAUCCUCUUCCUUUCACUACGGACAUUCCAGCGAUUCCACCAAAGCCACAACCGAAGGACUGCACGAGACCCGAGCCGUUUGAACUUGAAAGCCUUGUGAGACACGAAGAAGAACUUCAAAGGAAAGCCGAGGAGCUCGCCAGACUUGAGCUUGAAGAAGCGGCAAUGAGGCAAUUCCAUGCUCAACCAGCUCCAGUCUUUGACUUCGUUUUUAUGCCUGAACGAUCACGCGCUCCUCUUACUGAGGUCCAAGAGUUUUGUUUCCGAGCUGAAGCUCGUGCGGCAGAGCGGGCAGAAUUCGAUAAAAAGGUGAUGGAGAAGCAAAAUCAUUACAAGCACAUCAGGGAAGAACUCGAGGCUGCGAGAAGAGUAGAAGAAGGCAAACUAGUGAAAGCUCUUCGAAGAGAGAUGAUCCCGCUAGCCAGGCCCAUGCCUGUCUUUGGCAAACCUUUCGUUCCGCACAGAUCCAAAAGAGAACCGACGCGAGCUAUAUCACCCCGGCUAAGAGUUCUCGACCGGAAAGAGCGCAGGCAAUCGACGCAGCAGAGGCAAUCGAACGAGAGAAGAAGAUCCGUGGAGCUGAGGCGGGCUUCCACGAUGAGCGCCCAAAAGAAGGCCCAGAUGAGGUAAAAGCAGUGACGGAUCGAGAUAUUCAUCCAUCUUGGCUGGAUCUCUCUGGCCACUUCGCUAUCGAUCUUCGCUAUCGAUCGAGCAGCGGGCGCUCAAGAUUUGCGAACGAAGCCAACACUGCGUUGUCAAAGAAGAGCUUGACGUCGGCGUUCCAAGAAGUUGGGAAGCAUGGUUUGACUUAGAGUUGACCAAUGUUUGACUAGGCUCUUAAGUCUUGGACAGGAACGCAGCCAAUCACUACAAAACUCCUUUGCAUCCUGUUUGUGAAAUUCAUUAACUGUCCAGAUAUUUGAAGUUUUUGAUGCUUAUAUCUCAAA